AGUUUGGUUUCAGACUGGAUCAGGACUUUGGAGAAGCAGCUGUCUUCAUUUUGUUGCUUAGCUUCACUGCAUCUUGGCAAGCCUGUUAUUUCAGUUAUUUUACAGUCUAUUGCAGUGCUGUUUAAACUGUGGCUCAACUUUCUGGAAGUUUUCUGAAUUACAGAACUUGCUGCCUGUCUUUGGGCAUCAAAGAACUUAAUUGUUACAAAGAAAGGAAUGUUCUAACCCAUUCCCACUUCCAUCACUUCACUGUGCAAGUGUUGAGGAAAAAUUCAAAUAGUGACAUUGGUUUCUUUAUAAUUGCUGUGGAUAAAUUUCAGAAGAAAUGUUCAGCUAUGGGAAAAAUGAAAAAAACAAGAAAAACCCAGAGGUUAUUCACACUGUGACAGAAGGCCUGAAGAAUCUUUAUAAGAAGAAGUUGCUUCCUGUAGAAGAGUUUUACAGGUUCCAUGACUUCCAUUCACCAGCCCUUGAAGAUGCUGAUUUUGACAACAAACCCAUGGUUUUAGUGAUGGGUCAGUACUCCACAGGGAAGACUACAUUUAUUAAGUACCUUUUGGAGCAAGACAUCCCGGGCAGCAGGAUUGGGCCAGAGCCAACAACCGAUUGUUUUGUUGCAGUUAUGCAUGGGGAGACAGAGGGGAUUAUUCCUGGAAAUGCUCUUAUUGUGGAUCCCAACAAGCCAUUUCGGAAAUUAAACCCAUUUGGCAACACUUUCUUAAACAGGUUUAUGUGUGCUCAGCUACCAAACAAAGUACUUGAGAGCAUCAGUAUAAUCGAUACUCCUGGAAUCCUUUCUGGAGCAAAACAAAGAGUGAGCCGAGGCUAUGACUUCCCAGCAGUGCUGCAGUGGUUUGCAGAGAGAGUGGAUCGUAUCAUCAUGCUUUUUGAUGCCCAUAAGCUAGAAAUUUCAGAUGAAUUCUCAGAGGCAAUUCAUGCCUUAAAAGGCAAUGAAGACAAGAUCCGUGUUGUACUGAACAAAGCUGAUAUGGUAGACACCCAGGAGCUGAUGAGAGUCUACGGUGCCCUUAUGUGGUCUCUUGGGAAGGUCUUCAACACACCUGAAGUCUUACGAGUUUUCAUUGGCUCCUUUUGGGCAGAACCAUUGCUGAUCCCUGACAAUCGCAAACUAUUUGAGUUAGAGGAGCAGGACCUGUUCCAAGACAUCCAGAACCUGCCAAGAAAUGCUGCACUGAGAAAACUGAAUGAUCUUGUCAAGAGGGCCCGACUUGUGAGGGUCCAUGCUCAUAUUAUCAGCUGCCUAAAGAAAGAGAUGCCAUCAAUGUUUGGAAAAGAUCACAAGAAAAAACAGCUAAUUUCUAAACUUCCUGUCAUCUUUGCAAAGAUACAACUGGAGCAUCAUAUUUCCCCAGGAGACUUUCCCGAUAGUGAAAAGAUGCAGGAACAACUGAUGGUCCAUGACUUUACAAGGUUCCAUUCACUGAAGCCCAGGAUGCUUGAAGUCUUGGAUGAAUUAAUGACCGCGGAUAUUGCCAAACUAAUGCCUCUUCUUCGCCAGGAAGAGAUAGAAACCCCAGAUCAGCUUGUCAAAGGAGGAGCCUUUGAUGGUACCUACAAUGGACCAUUCAUGGAAGGUUCCACUGAGGGCAUCUAUGAGGGCGCUGAUGAUGAAGAAUGGGUUGUCACAAGAGACAAACCAAAAUAUGAUGAAAUCUUCUACACCCUUGCACCUACUGAUGGAAAACUCAGUGGCACCAAGGCCAAGAAUUGGAUGGUCACUACCAAGCUACCAAAUUCAGUGUUAGGGAAGAUCUGGAAGCUUUCAGAUGUAGAUCGAGAUGGCAUGCUGGAUGAUGAAGAGUUUGCUUUGGCUAGCCAUCUGAUUGAAGUGAAGCUGGAUGGACAUGGGCUGCCACCAGAGCUGCCAGGGCAUCUUGUCCCACCAUCCAAAAGGCGACAGAAGGGCACAGCUGAGUAAACUGUAUAUUCAACCUCUUCUGCUAAGGGCUACUUUCUCUAGUCUAAUCUCAUUCAGACUGCUCUAAUUAAAAUAUACUUUGGCAAACCAUAGUUUAAUAGUAUGUGUGACACAAUAGCUAGAAAAAAAGAUUAUCUUAAGUUCGGUAGAAAGUCAGAGUUCAUUUUUGUUAGAGCUGUUGCUGAAAUACCCAUACCAAAUAUACUUAAAUUAAUAUGACUGACUUCACAGGUUUUUGUUUCUUGUUUUUUUCUCUCUCAUCUGGUCCCAUUUUCAUUGUUAUGAGUAAAAGCCAAGUCAGUGUUCAUAGUCAUUUGCAGUUGCUUUUAAUCAAUAAAGACUGAUUCCAGAGGCCAUUGCUGCCUACCUCAGCUAUGCGUUGUGAAACAUAUGAAAUCAUCUUUAGAAGAUGAAGUAUUUAAAGUUCUCCAUUUGAGUGGGCUCUGUAAAGUGUCAUAUAAUUACUCAACUAAACUCAGCAUUCCAUUCAGCAAAGAUUGAUUUCUGUUUAGCCGAUAAUAAAUGACUUUUUUCCCUGUGUUGCAUGUCUGUUAUAAAAUGCCCUUCCUCCUUGUCCCAGCUGACAUGAUCCAGCUGAAAUAUCUCACCUACUAGCACCCUAUUGGCACAGUCAUUCCUAAGAUGAGGAUAGAAUGAAUGCUCAUUCAUUCCCUGUUUCAGGUGAGGGCACUGAGGACCUUUCAUUCCUAGCCUAAUUACUGCCAACAGUCUGAUGUGGGAGCAGGCUGACAUGCUCAUUGUGUAGACUGACGUAGCCUUUCUAACCACAUGCAACUUGCAAGCUCUGCUUUAGUUGCUUUUUGGAGGUGUACGUGUGCUGCCAUAUAUGCUAAUUUUCCUGGCUAUAUCACACAUGGCUGGCAGAUCUGUUUUUUAGGCCAAAUGCUAAACCCAAAGAAAAUAGCAUGUGAACAUGCAGCCAGCCAGAAACUCAAAUUAAAAGAAAAACAGCCCACAUAGUGCUGUACUUCCUGAAGGAGCCAAAACAGUAAAUGUUCAAAAACAAGCUCAAAAGUCACCUUCCUUAGGAACAAGCCAUAAAACAAUACUGUGAAUGACUGCCAGUCAGAAUUUAAGGGGUGAAAUAGCAAAAUCCACUUUAAUAUUAAAAACAAUAAAAUGGUUGAGUACUUUCAUCCAUUAAUUAUAGGACUUCAUCAUUUUUUAUAUUUUCAUAUACAUUUUUUUUUAUUUUACACUAAAUGUAAUUCAGACUUUGAAUUUCUGUUUUACUUUUGUUUGCAUUGCAUUUAUUUAUUGAAUACCUCACACUUAAGAAACAACAAGGAGUAUUUUCUUAUCAUUUGAACAUGAACAUGUGACUCUUAAGAGUUUACUUAAGUAGGUGCACUUCUUGAUUUAAGCGGUUCUGGUAAGUCCUAGAAGACAUAUACCUUCAGCUUGCCAGUAACUGCUGUGUUACAAGAAUCCUCAGUCUGCAAGAUGCUUGGCCAUCUCUGAUUGGAUUUACUUAUAUAACAAAAUAAAAUAUAGAAAUAAAACUACAGGCAAUAUAUAUAGCUUUUUUUUCACUCACAGACUAGUUACAAUCAGAGGGAAACAACCAUAUAAAUACUUAAAAGAAUUAGGUACAAGAAUGAAUGUAAAAGCCCAUUUAUACAGGAUGAAUAAUACUGCUGCAAUCAAACAGGCACAAAUAUAAGCUCCUUCAGGUGUAGAAAGCACAUUAGUGGUGUGCCAGCCUGUUAACAUUAGCAGUGUACUUAAAUUAUGCCUCAGUUUGAAGAAGAACCUUAAAAUGUUCAUCAAAAGACAGAACAGUGGAAACAACUCAAUCUGUACUAGGGAGAACGGCAUACCAUAGGGCUCCUAAACAAGAAUCUUAGUUGCAUUAAAAUUGAAUCACCUAUUUGUGAUGUGAGUUGUUGCAACUCAUGUCAGUUUGCUAUAGCUAGAAGAUAUAUGAAACAAUUUAUUGGAGGAAGUGGCCUGUCUGAAAUCAGUGGCUAUAUUUCCAGUAGGACAAAUGUAAGGACACACUGUAAACCACAGAUAGACUGGCAGCAUGGGGGGGGGGUAUAUAAUGCUAAUUUUAUUACUUUCACAGUAUAACAGUAAUACUUAAACAGACACACUUAGCAAGGAAAUGUCUGCAUGCAAGUUCUUUGUUUUUAUGUAUAUAAAUAAAAUAUUCAUAUGACAAUGUGAAGUUUUUUAAAGAAAAUGAAUGCAGUGGUAAGCCUUAUCUGUUACAAAUAAAGGCUGGAGCUGUGACCCUAACUGAUUAUAUAUUGCAGGUUAUUUUCUUUUAUGUUCAACAUAAUGCUAAACUUCAAAGGCAUUAACAUACAUCAUUGUUAAAGGUAGAAUUAUAACUCAGUCCUCAGUACAAAAAUAGUUUGCAAAGCACUGGAUAGGUAGAGAUUAAUAUGUUAUGAGAACUGUAAGACAAACACAUUUGGCUUUCUAAAAUCCUCAGGACCCUGGAGUAUAUUACCAAAUUUACUUUAAUUCUGACUAUUGUUUUCUUAUUGUUUUAACUGUUCAAACUUGCAUAAUUCUGCUAGGGAAACAGCAUUAAGGAUCCACUGGCAGACACGUUAGUCAUCCUUAGUAGCAGUCUCUCAUUAGAAAAAUGAAAAUAAUUGUACAUAAUCGUAAAAAAUUAGAUAUGCUGACUACAACUAAUCUAUUUCUUAGUGCAUUUGAGACACCAUUGGCAGGAGUGCAUGUAUUAAAUUCUCAGCAUCUUCUAUGUAUGACCAGGCAAGAUUUCUUCUGCAGUGAUCUAAGCAAUCUCAUACUAGAAGACAUACAUUUUUAGCUUUCCAUUAACUGCUGUGUUACAAGAACCCUCAGUCUGCAGGGUGAUUGGCCUUUUCUGAUGGGAUACAUCAUGAGUUUUGGUAUGGGGAGGAUGAUAUACUGUGCCUGGGGUGCUCUGACACUCCAAAACUUCAGCAUGUGCCACUUUUUUUACACUGUAUUAGAUCCAGCUGCAAAAAUGUAAAAAGCUUGCCCCAAAGAUGUAAUUACAUCUAACUCUCUUUAGUUGCUUGCUUCCUAGGUAUUGUUUCACAUUGUGUUAUGAAUCUCCAUUCUGCAUCUGUACUGCUUUAGUUAGAAUUAUUAAACAUUUAUGGAUACAUAUGUACUUUCAGAGAUAGGAUUGCUUACGUAUUAUAAGUAAACAUGAAUACUGAGUUAGACUGCUAGAUACAAAUCAAAGGACCACUUUUGUAUGUUCUGGAUGUUACCUUGUGCUGCUUUUUGACCUGUACCAGGAUGGACUACGUGCUGUAUUCUGUAUACUCACUUUGUAAGUGCUAUUGUGCGGUUGUCACUGAAAUGUAACGUUGUACUCUUGGUGCUACUGCAAAUAUUAUUAAAGUAAUUAUUAAA